AUGUCGUCCCAUACCUCAUCUCAUCUCGACCUAUUUAUCAAUCUAUCUUCAACAGUGAGUUAUUUCCUUCCCCACUUGCCAUCAGGGUGGCACGUCGAUCAAGCGAUCCUGUCAGAAGAAGAUCGCGUUGUGGCCAUUCGAUUUGGUCACGAUGCAGAUCCCCAAUGCAUGAAGAUGGACGAAACCCUUUGGGGUAUUGCAGAAAGGGUGCAGAAUUUUGCGGUGGUCUAUCUGGUAGAUAUUACUCAAGUACCUGAUUUCAACAAGAUGUACGAGUUGUAUGAUGCCUGUACUGUCAUGUUUUUCUACAGAAAUAAGCACAUCAUGAUCGAUCUCGGUACGGGAAAUAACAAUAAAAUAAAUUGGGCGAUUGAAGAGAAACAAGAAAUGAUUGACAUCAUCGAGACCGUUUAUCGCGGAGCCUCGAAAGGUCGAGGUCUCGUCGUGUCGCCCAGAGAUUACUCGACACGAUACAGAUAUUAG